GCGCUACGAAUCAGAAAGGAGUACGUGUACUCAAGGCGUAAGACUGGGCGUGGCCUCACAUGCAAGUCGAAACUUUCUGUAACAUCAAGUUCAUCUCAUCUAAGAAUAACGGAGCAUGGAUACACUUGUGUUCGUCAAUUUGCUACGGACAAAGUCAGUUGUCUGGACUCUCCUUGCUGUGACAACAAAAGCUCUCUCGAUGGCCGCUACUCGAGACGUGUGCUCACGUUAUGCAGACUGCUGGUCAUGUACCCAACAUGAUUUCACUAAAGAUAUCCAAGCUGAAAAGACGUACGGUUGUGUGUGGUGUGAUGUUUUUCCAAAGACAAGUGGAAGCUGCAUGUCAAGACUAAGAAAACACGAGUGCAUCUCCGCACCAACACAACUGUCCGAUCAAUGCAAUGAGAUAAGAUCGCCCACUCUAAUAGGAAACAACUGUAAACCAUUUGUCACCAAAAAUUACGCAAUCCAUAUUGAAAACAUCAGUGGCGACAUCUACGGGAUUGUUCAGACCCUACCGGGUGUUGAAAACUUUGAAGUGUGGAUCGGCAUGUGUGGAAGCCUAAACGACACGCGCGUGCUGCGCAGAUGCGGCCAACACGCGCCAAUCGAGAUAAUCGAGACCGACAGCAUCCUGACCACGCCCGACUCCAACGUCACCGACCGAUGCUGGAACGUCGGUCAAACGAUAGAAGACCCGUAUGUGACUAACAUCUCCAAUCCGUCGGAAGGAAUAAUCCAAAACUACGGACAAGCCACCUGUUCGUCCGGUAAUCGGACACAAAUCGAUGUCACGGUUGUCAUCAAACCGGGGAGUUGCAAAGGUACCGCCGUUCAAUCGACGGUCACUGGAGGAAACUUUGAAAUCCUAAAAUAUUGCUCAGGAAAGGAUGCGCGUCUUCAGAUAGACGUCGAAAGCUCCGUUCUUUGUGAGAGAAAUAUAGAAUGGCGCCUCUCGGCAAGAAAGACAACCAUCAACUGCACCAAGACAAAUACAGAAAAGCUACAAUGCUCGAUGUCGCCUAGAACCGAUUCUACGUCACUAGACGCCUACAGUCCGCGCGUGUAUAGAGACAGAUUUCAAAUUGUGAAGAGAUUUUCAAAUGACAGCAGUCUGGUCACACAGAUGUCGAUCGGUGAAGAUUCCCGCGCUCCAUCCGCAUUUAUUGUCGAUACUCACAAUGUGUGCAAUCUGUCCAUUUUCUAUGUGUAUCCUCAGGCUGCGCCUGAACGAGUUUUGAUAAACAAGACGACGACGUUAGUCGUAAAUGCUUGCGACAAUACGGGAAGGGAUGCGACCGUGACCAUUGUCGUUGCGUCUGUGAUCUCGGUAGUAACAGUGAUUACUAUUAUUAGUGCAGCUCUCGUCUACAGAUUCGUAAUCAAAAGAUCAAAGGGAGAUCACAACACGGGGAAAGAAGGAAAAAAUAGAAAGGCCGGAAAUGCAAUGCAUAAGGGAUCCUCUGCUUUGUCAGACCGAGAAAAGCAGAAGCUUCUCUUAGAUAAUUGUGUGCACUCAGACAAUCAAGGUUACGGUAGUGCAAGCUCUAGAAAUGGAGACGGUAACAUAGAUGUUGAAGAAAUGCGGACCCUUCAACUUUGUGACGAAGACUAGUUACUGGUUUCACACAUUUAGAAAAAAGAUCUGCAUUGUUGCAUGUCUAGCAGACGUCGCUGUUGCCUGAUGUAACAAUACAUCCCGUUUUGAGCAAAAACAAAUAUUGUGUAAAUGUGUGGUCGUCGUUCAUACACGUGAAUACGUGGCAUAUAAAAUUUAUAUGUGCAUAUAAAUUCUUACACUGUCACUUGUAUGCUUACAAAGCUUGCUUGUGAACCAAGACCGUGGCCAGGAUUUUCUUGAUAGGGUUUCUAAAGUUAACGACAACAACAGAAAGCAAUAUCAAUGACAUAAAGCGGUUUGGUUGUCAUUCACUUACGAGCUAGUCGUAAUUCAAGCCUGCUGAUGUUGCAUAAUAU